GACUCGACUCUGCCGCCCUUCGCAAUGUCGCUGACGCUCCUUUCCAGGCGGGUUGCCGUCCGUUCCGUGCGGUCGUCAACAUCAGCAUCGCCGACGUGCACACGUGCGUUCAGCACACCGGUCGACGACUCCUUCGCGCCCAUCUCUGCUACCCCUCCACCUCCGCCGGAGUCCACCAACGCGGUGUGGAAUGCCGUCAAUGCCCGCGCUCCACGUUACGACUGGACCAAGGAUGAGAUCCGCGAAAUCUACAACACUCCUCUCAUGGAGCUGGCCUUCCAGGCUGGGACUCUUCACCGCCGUUUCCACUCGCCGUCGGCCGUGCAAAUGUGCACGCUCAUGAACAUCAAGACGGGAGGAUGCAGUGAGGACUGCUCGUAUUGUGCACAGUCAUCACGUUACAACACGGGCCUCAAGGCUACGAAGAUGUCUCCUGUGGACUCUGUCCUCGAGGCAGCACGGAUAGCAAAGAGCAAUGGCAGCACACGCUUCUGUAUGGGAGCCGCUUGGCGUGACAUGCGUGGAAGGAAGACCAGUCUCAAGAACGUCAAGGCAAUGGUUGAGGGCAUCCGCGGCAUGGACAUGGAAGUCUGUGUAACUCUCGGAAUGAUCGAUCAAUCCCAGGCCGAUGAGCUCAAGACCGCAGGUCUGACCGCGUACAAUCACAACCUGGAUACUUCGCGAGAGCAUUACCCUUCGGUCAUCUCAACUCGAUCAUACGACGAACGCCUCCAGACGCUAUCCCACGUUCGGAAUGCUGGCAUCAAUGUCUGUUCGGGCGGCAUUCUUGGUCUGGGAGAGAAGCCAGAGGACCACGUUGGCUUGCUAUACACUGUGUCGAAUCUGCCGGCACAUCCAGAGUCAUUCCCUGUUAAUGCACUUGUACCAAUCAAAGGAACGCCUCUUGGAGACGACCCGAGUCGUAAAAGAAUCGAGUUCGAUGCUAUUCUCCGGACGAUUGCUACGGCACGGUUGGUCAUGCCAGCAACGAUCAUUCGCAUUGCCGCUGGACGCACGACUAUGAGUGAGGCUGAGCAGAUUCUCUGCUUCUCCGCUGGUGCGAACGCCGUGUUCACUGGGGAGAAGAUGCUGACCACCGAGGCUGUCGGGUGGGAUGCAGAUAAGGCUAUGUUCCAGAAGUACGGUCUGACUGGGAUGAAGCCAUUUGAACGAGGAGCGUAUAAGGGUUCGAGCUUCGCGGAGAUGAGAGGUGAUGCUGCUGUGCCGAGCGACAACGCUGCACCUGUUGAAUCUGCUGUCAGGGCGUAGGACUGUUAUCUGUGCAGUCUCCAACAGCUGCAUACUAGAGGCUUCGAUCGGCAUGUGGUGAGUGAAGGGUUGUUCAUACAUGAGUCGACUGGUCUGCACAUGAGACAUUAUACAUACCACACAAUGGCCGUAAUGGCCCGCUUCAUUGAGUUACAUAUCGGUC